AUGGAUAAUGCCAACUCAAAUUCUCGUAGAUUACCACCUUUAGAAUAGGACAAUCAAUAAUCAAGGGCUCUAUCAUCAUAAUAAUAAAGGAUUACUAUCAGACAAUAGAUGAUAAGCAGUAACAAAUUUGAGCCGAAGACAAGUUUGAAAAAUAAGAAAACUGGUCCUGCACCAAUUCAAGAAUUAGAUAAUUUCAUCUGCUAUUUUUGUGGAGGUUAAGAUUGUAAAAAGGAAUAGGCUGCUUCAAACAAAAAUAAAAAUGCCAUAGAGGGAUUAAAUUCAGAUUGGAUAACAGAUGACAUAUUGGCUAUGUAAAGACUGAGUAUGAAAUUAAUGCCUACAAUCAUACCUCAAUUCUAAUCGUAAAGUGAUUAUCAUAUAAAGUCAUAACAUCGGAGCAGUUAUAAAUUUGUAAUUGUAAGGAGAACAUGCAUAAUGUGGACCUGGUAUAAUUCCUGGUGUUGGAUUUUCAUACAAUCCUGAAUCCCUGUAGUCAGGUAUUUCAAAUCUAAUUAAUAGCUAAGAUUAGCUUCUUCAAUUAUGGUUGGGAAGAUAUGACUGCUGAUACUACAUAUGAGAACCUCCUCAAAAUAUGUUCAGCUUUCGAUCUGAUGCAAAAAAAAGGAAAGAAAGUAGCUGUGCAUUGUCAUGCUGGAACAGGCAGAACAGGAGUGGCAAUAGCUGCAUGGCUAAUUUAUGGAGAAAGGAUGUCUGCUGAUGAUGCUAUUAAACUAUUCUAAUCCAGAAGAAGGGAUUCUUUGAACAAAAGUGCCUAAAGAGAUUUGUUGAAAGCGUUUGAGAAAUGUAUCAAAAUAUAAUAAGAAAUAGUCUUAUAAAAUAGAAAAUGGUAUGACUAUUCAAAAUUAUCUGGACUCACCAGUGAUGACAUUGUAGAACAACAAAACCUAUAUGUAUUGAAUGAUUUAAAGAACAAAACUAAGUUGAUUCCUGCACCUCUUUAUGUUAUUUUCAAUCGAUUUUUAUUGCUAUUGGAAGAAUCAUUAAUAACUCCAAAAUAGAUUUUGUAAGCAUUUGUUGGUGAACCAUUAACUUAACAGCCAUUAAAUAUGAAGGAAUUACGAAGUUUAAAGAAAUAAUUUGAUGCUCACAAUUUUCGAAUCGGACAUGUAACUGAUAUGAGACUGCUUGCCUAAUUGUUAUUUGCUUAUUUUGAUAAUUUGCCUUGGCAAUGUGUUUCUGAUAAAGCUGUUUUGAAUAUUAAGCAAUAUUUAAAUGGAAAGUAGGUUUUAGACAUUUUAAAUGAGUGUGGCACAGACUUAGAAAUAGGACCAUUUUAUAUCAUAAAAACAAUAAUCUAGUUUGCUGUUUAAUUAAAAAUUGCAGAUCCAUAACUUGAUUUAAAAACAUUUUUCUAUCGCUUUUCAAUAUGUCUAUUACAAAAAUAAAAAUGCCUUGAUGAUCAUUUUAUAGGAUUUGCACUUGUGAGAACAAACAAAAUUGAGAUUGUGUAAGUCGUAUAUCUCUAAUAAUUCUUAUAGAAAUGGCAUGAUGAAGCAUUAAAUCUAAAUGAAAAGAUUGUAAUAAUUUUAUAUAUUAAUUUUAUAGUUUGAAGAGAAUUAGUUAUCAAAAGAUUUCAGAGUAAUAAAAAAAGUGUGA